AUGGCCAGAGUCAUCGGCCACACCCCAUCGUGGCUCUCCGCACCGUCGGCCGGCUUCAAUCUCUUCCAGCGCAAUGCCGACACGAAAGCUCCUGCCGCCCUGGCCAAGGCACUCUCCAACCCAGAAUCGCGAGGUCCCACGCGCACCAUCGCCCACCGCGGAACGGAAAUCUUCGUCUUGGUCGCCAACGAGAUUCGCUGGUCCGACCUGGUCUCACUGAAAGAUGCCGGAGAGAGCACCCAACCGUCCUACAGAGUGCUCAAGACAUCCGUCACAAACCAGAUCAAGCAGCUCGUCGUCUCGCCCUACGGCGACUACCUCGCCAUCCUCACCCACCACACCGUCCACAUCGCCGUCUUGCCCGAUUCAUCCCAUCUCUCAGUCCAGGACGCCUCACCGCUGCGCAUCAAGACUUUCCAAUUGGGCCCGACCGCACAUGUGCUCGAACAGGCCCCCGUCGUUUCGGCCCUCUGGCACCCUCUCGGCCACAUGGGAAGCUGCCUGGUCACCGUCACACAAGACGCUUGCGUGCGUCUAUGGGAACUGAAUCGCGAUUCGCGCGCCUCUUUCGACGAGCCCGAGCUCGCUCUUGACCUGAAGAAGCUUGCAAAUGCUACCUCGGCCGACCAGGAUUUCUCCACCAGCAAGUACGGCGCCAGCAAGGGCUUCUCUCCUGACUCGGUCGAGAUGGAAGUUGCAGCUGCUUGCUUUGGUGCUAGGGCCACCUCGGACGAGCACGGCUGGUCUCCCAUGACCCUCUGGAUCGCCAUGACCGAAGGAGAUGUCUAUGCUCUUUGCCCUCUGUUGCCUUCCAAGUGGGAGCCCACCCCAACCACCAUCCCUUCUCUGUCGACCGCCGUCGUAGCCAAAGCCGAGGUCAACUCUCAAUCGGAUCCCACUCCCGAAGAACGCCGCAUUGUCGACCAGCAACAGCGAUGGCUCGCCGAUAUCGACAAUCAAGAGCCUACGGUCGUCUCGCAUGUCGACACUUUGGCCGAGUUUGAGGUUUACAGCCGCCCUGCUAACCCACCUGCCGUUCCCAAGCUACAAGGCCCCUUCUACCUCAAUCCUGAACCCGAUUACGACAACAUCACCGACAUCUUUGUUAUUGCUCCCCGUCUCGACGACGAUGCCCUGAUGCAGGAGGAGGAUCAAGAAGAUUUCCUCGGUCACGAUGGUCUCUCUGUCGGCAUAGUGUGCUUGGCAACUGCUUCUGGCAAGGUCCACAUCUGUCUGGAUCUUGACGGCGUUGAGGCUCAGUGGCUUCCCUCUAGACGUGCUGCAUUCCGUCGUCGCUUUGAUGAGGAAGAGGCUGUCUCCGAACUGCUUCUGGUCGAAACUUUGACCACCCCUGAAACCACAAACUCAUGGCCCACUUUCACUCCGACAACUACCAGCCGCUAUGGCUUCUUCCUCAGCUCCAAUGAAGGCAUCUUCAACAUCUCGCUCGAAUCCUGGAUUGCUCCUCUCGAGGACGAGCUAAUCAGCCCUAGCGAUUCUGGCGCCGCAUUCCGUCUCGAUGUGCUCUUUGAUGUCGAAAAAUCCACCAUUGACCGUAUUCUCAAACGUACCGCCGAUGCUGGAGUCAGUCCCUCUUGUGUCUCGAUAGUCGAUUCUGAUCUGGGCCACUUUGUCCUGACCGCUACCUCUUCUCAGCCCCAAGCCGUAAUGCUCGACCUUCCAGUCGACCGAUCGAUCUAUGCCUCAUUUGCUCCUGAUGAGGCACCGUUGGCUCUCCCUGCGCCCGAUCUUCGUCAACCAUACCAACCUCCCGAGGCUUUCUUUGCGUCAUCCGCUCUUCCCGGCUUCCUGGACACCGCUGUUCAAAGAAACACUCAGUUGAGAAAGGCAGAUUUGAAGACACAAGUCCGCUUCUCUCCCGCCACUCUGGACUUGCUCACAGAUGCACACCGUCUGCUUUCCACCGAAACAAGCCGACUGGGUGCCGCAGCUGCCGACCUCUUCCGUCGUUGCGAAAGAAUGCGCGCCGAACUGUCAGAGCAGAUCCGCCAGGUCGACGAAAUCUCCAAGCGCGCCGAAGCAGUAACUGGAGACGACGACGACGGCCAAGACGCUGAACAACCUCGUCUCGUCGGCAAAGAGAAGAUCGACGAACGCAUGGAAAAUGCACGCAACAGAUCCAAGGAACUCGCCAAGCGCGUCGAAGCUAUGCGUCGUCGUAUGGCAAAGGAACUGGGCGGCAAAGAACUGAGCAUCAAGGAAGAAGCCUGGGCAGCAGAAGUCACCGCCCUCUCCACCAGUCUCGGUCAAGCAGAACCUUCUACCACUACCACCGAAGACCUUUCCACAGCAGGAGAAGACGACUUGACUUCUCGUCUUGAAGCAGUAGGCGAACUGCAACGAGCACUCGUCGCCCGCGCAAACGAAGCCACCGAACAGCAANAAGCACUCGCGCCCUCGACGCCAACUCAAGACGAUGAAAACGCCGAAUCGCAAGAUUUGAGCGCCAGUGUCAGUCGCAUACCCGCAGACUUUAGAAAGCAAAAGAUUGCACAAAUCAUGCAGUUGUUGCAGCGCGAAACGGCCUUGGUGGAUGCGGUCUCUGAUCGCUUGGGCAAACUCACGGGGCUAGGGAACUCUUUCUCGUCGUUAUAG